GAUCAGAAACCAAUGAGAAUCAUUCUCGUUCAUGGCUCCAGCCAUGGCGCUUGGUGUUGGUAUAAGGUGAUGGCUGAGCUUCUAUCAAAGGGAUAUUCAGUAAAAGCUAUUGAUCUUGCUGCUUCUGGUGCUGAUUCGAGAAAAAUUCCUGAAGACGUCUCCACCUUCGAUGAUUAUAACAGCCCGUUAAUUGAGUUCAUGUCCACAAUUCCAGAAGGAGAAAAGAUUAUUUUGGUCGGUCACAGCUUCGGCGGUCUGAAUUUGGCUUUCGCCAUGGAUGCCUUUCCUGAAAAGAUCGCCGCUGCUGUCUUCGUUACUGCGUUUUUGCCUGAUACCACUCAUCAACCUUCUUAUUUUAUCGACCUGCAAUUUCAACAACUUCUGAAUCGAAAGAUAGAACCUGAGAUCAAUCUCGUCGUGGUUCCAGGAAAAUCAGAACCUUUGAUUACAAUAUGUUUCGAUUCCAAGUUUCUCGCCACCUACCUUUAUCAAAACAGCUCCUUUGAGGAUCUGACUCUGGCGAGUGUAAUGAUGAGAACUACAUCAACUUUUUCUGAAGAUUUAAAGAAGAAAUCACUGUUGGCAAAAGGAGGUUUUGGAUCUGUCGAUAAGAUGUAUAUUAUCUGCAAUGAAGAUGCAUUAAUCAGUAAGGAGCAUCAGCGAUGGAUGAUUCAGAAUAAUGGCACUGUGAAAGAGAUUAUGGAGAUCGAAGGAGCAGAUCAUAUGCCAAUGUUCUCUAAGCCAAAUGAGCUUUGCCAAUGCCUUGCAAGCAUUGUUGACAAAUAUUAUUCCAUUUGAUGACAUUUCUUAGAUAAUCUACUGAAGAUUUAUGCAUUUUCUUGAUGUAUCAAGAUCCAUUUGAUCACAAAAAUGAUAUA